AUGAAACAAGCGUUUAGAAUGGUAAAAUCAUAAGAUAUGGAAUGGCUACAUGGAUUUGUUUUAGAGCAAGACCAGAUGAAGUUAGAAUUCAUGUUCCUCUAGAGAAGAUUGUUGAAAUUGCAGAAAAAGUGGGUGGAAAAGAUCAUCAUUUUUGAAUAUAUCUAAAUGCCAAUUAAUGCCAUGAUGCCUGAAGUAUUUUCAUAGGAAUGGUAACCAUAUAAAUGA